AUGGGAAACGAAAACCUUGCAAAAUGGGGCCCUAUCCUGAUCGUCGGCGGCUCGGGCCGUUUAGGAUACUAUAUCGCUCAGCAACUUUUGCGGCAACCAGAGUGUGGUCACGUGGUAUCAAUCAGUCGCAGCAGUCAAAUCGCCUAUCGGUGUGAGGGAGUUGAGUAUCGCGUUGCAGAUGUGACCCAUAGCGAUGCUCUGGGGAAGGUCAUGCGUGAUGUGGUACCAGAAACCAUCAUCAAUUCGGCAGCACCACCGCAUGCCAACGCCAACACACCGACCUCGGAGUUUGAGCAAGUAUUUGUGCAUGGUCAGGACCUGUUGAUGGGGCUGGCCAUGCAAGUCGGCACCAAAUACAUGAUCUGCACAACAUCGUCCAGUGUCAUCGAGGGCUUCAACCACGUCCAGGCCAAUGAGACCGCUCCGCUGUGGCCGGAGACGUCGUCCGCCUUCCCUUACUGGGUGCAGCGCGCCAGAGCUGAGAAGCGUCUCCUGGCGGUCGACUCACCAUCGUUCCAGACGGUCUCUCUCCGACUGCCACUCAUCAUUGGCGAGAGAGAAUACGCAUUUGUGCCAGCGAUGUUGAAGACCAUGAAGGAGGGCAAUACUGGCGUGCAGAUAGGGAGUGACGCAGGCCGACUCGCCACCGUUUCGGGAGACGAUGCGGCGAGAGCACACAUGCUGGCCUUGCGCGCGCUUAGGAUGCCGAAUAAUAAUGUCCAUGGUGAGGCCUUCUACAUCAUGGGCAAGACGCCAUUGUCAUUCUGGACCAUGGCACGCAUUAUCUGGAGCGAGGCGGGAUGGAAGCAAGACAAGCCACCGUUUGUGAUGGCCGAGUGGGCAGCUAAGACGAUGGCUGUGCUUUCUGAAGCAAUUUUGUGGCCCUUUGGUGUUGAGCCGCAGCUCACCAUGCACACGGUGCGCUUUAUGUGUAAUACCUGGACUUACGACGGUAGUAAGGCAGAGGAGCGCCUGCAGUAUAUGCCUAUUGAUGAUGUUGAGGAUCAGCUCAGGAAGAGUGUACGAUGGCACUUGAAGCACGAAGAAGUUUAA